CCUCCUCCUCCUCCUCCUCCGUCAACAACUACCAUUCCACCAUUGCGGGACGCCGGGAGCUCAAAAGCCGAUGACUCCCACUCGCAUCGCCGUCGAAUUCUGAGCCGAGCUGAGGAGGAGCUCCCCCCGCCGCCGCCGCCGCCGCCGCCGCCGCCGCCGCCGACGAGCAGCUUCUGAAGUCCGCCGCGAGCGACGAACGAUCUCGCUCGAGCCUGGAGAUAGAGAGGGAGAGGGAGAGGGACGGAGAUAUGGCGGGGGUUUCAGUGUCGCGGGCUCCGGAGCAUCCGUCGUGGUUCUCGCCGAAAAUAUUGCUUACCAUGUUUUGCAUAAUCAACAUGCUGACCUAUGUUGACCGUGGAACUAUAGCAAGCAACGGUGUAAAUGGAAGCAGCGGAACGUGCACAGAAAGUGGUACUUGCACUGCCGGUAGUGGAAUACAGGGUGACUUUGACUUAAGUAAUUUUGAAGAUGGAAUUCUAUCAUCUGCAUUCAUGGUCGGACUUCUCAUUUCUUCUCCUGUAUUUGCAACAUUAGCAAAGAGCAUUAACCCAUUUAGGCUCAUUGGGUUUGGACUUUCAGUAUGGACUCUUGCGGUGAUUGCUUGCGGCUUCUCAUUUAAUUUUUGGUCUAUUACAAUCUGCCGCAUGUUUGUUGGUGUUGGUGAAGCUUCAUUUAUCAGUCUUGCAGCCCCUUUCAUUGAUGACAAUGCCCCGGUUGCUCAGAAAACGGCUUGGUUAGCUACAUUUUACAUGUGCAUACCAACUGGCUAUGCACUUGGAUAUGUUUAUGGUGGACUAGUUGGUAGUAAUCUUAAUUGGCGUUAUGCAUUCUGGGGGGAAGCAAUUCUGAUGCUUCCAUUCGCCAUCCUUGGUUUUGUCGUGAAACCUUUGCAAUUGAAAGGCUUUGCUCCUAUUCAAUCGAAAGGACCGUCAGACAUAGAGACGCCUUCCUGUGAAACUCAAGAUGUGGAGGUCAAAGAUGGCAAAAUAUCCAUGAAGGAUGAGUGCACUGGCAAAUGCUCAAGUAUAUCAUCCAGGUUGAUGGGCUCCAGCCAUUGGGAUCAUUUGUCAAGAUUCGCUAAAGAUGCUAGAGUUCUAUUGAGCGAUAAAGUAUAUGUUGUCAAUGCUUUAGGUACCAUAGCAUACAACUUUGUCCUUGGUGCAUACUCAUAUUGGGGACCCAAGGCUGGCUAUGAAAUUUACAAUAUGACUGAUGCAGACCUGAUAUUUGGAGGAAUGACAGUUAUCUGUGGAAUAGGAGGAACUCUCGCGGGAGGUUAUAUUCUUGAUUUUAUGUCUUCCACAAUCCCAAAUGCAUUCAAGCUCCUUUCAGUAUCAACAUUCCUUGGGGCAAUAUUUUGCUUUUCUGCCUUUUGUUUCAAGAGCAUGUACCCUUUUCUGGCUUUUUUUGCUGUUGGUGAGCUGCUGGUGUUUGCUACACAGGCACCUGUAAAUUAUAUAAAUCUUCACUGUGUUAAACCAAGUAUGAGACCAUUAUCUAUGGCGAUUGCAACUGUUGCACUUCACAUCUUUGGAGAUGUGCCAUCAUCGCCCUAGUUGGUGUUCUCGAGGACUAUCUCAAUAAUUGGAGGGUGACUGCUCUCAUUCUGACGGCAAUCUUGUUUCCUGCAGCUGCCUUUUGGUUCAUUGGAACUUUUCUGCCCAGUGUCGAUAGAUUCAACGAGGAAAGCGAGUCUGAUAUCACUGCAACCCAUGAGUCAAGCACGACGCCCUUGCUGGAAGAGAAGACAGAAACGGCGGAAUCUACUACGUGACCUUGAAACAUCCAGAUUCUUUCCCCUGGAGCUGAGGUCACUGACUAUACGCUUCCUUCCUGUGCAUAACACUAGUCCACACGUUCUCGGAUGUCUAUGGAAACACUUUAUUGACAGUCCAUCGAUGGAUGCAAGUAAAUCCAUGCUUGUAACAAAAGAAGAAACAGAGAAAAGCAAAGUGAAUAGUUUGGAAGUCUGUUUUGUAAACCAAGUGAUGUGUAUAUAUAUUAUCUGGCAAUACAGCUGGUUGGUUUAGUUCCCAAAGUCAACCCAAAGUGGGCCAGCUCUUGCCUAUCAAAAUUGGGAUUCUCUUUGCAGGAUGACCACUUUCUCAGUAGCAA